GGCUUCAUUUGUCCACGGGAGGGGAUGGCUCCUUUGUUUGUUAUUUUACAAGUUAGCCAUUUUGCCGCCACAUGGCUACACCCCGCGAAUUAUUUUUCCAGAAGGAAGGGAGUGUGUCGGGCCGCGCCUCCCUUACCAACUUAUUUGGUGGGCCAGGCCAGUUCGGACCAGUUCCUGGGCCAGCAGUAGGAGCUGGAUUGGCCAGGCAGCCGGACGUGUUUCGGGAGCAACUCCGCGGUUCCAGCACCUGACAGAGCUCACAAAUCAAGCGGAAAAUGGAUGACGAUUCGGAUAUCUUCGAUGAAAUGUGGCUGGAAAGUGUGGUCAUAGCGGGCUUCCGAGUGUGGCACAUUAUCGCCGCCGUGCUGGGUGUCCUCCUCCUAAUAAUGAUUAUGGUAUGCUGCUGCAUUCGCUUCCGUAUUCCGCGCACCAAGCAGGAAAUCGAGGCGGACUACCAGCGCAAGCAGAUCACAAAGAAGUUCCGCGAGAAGCUGCAGCAGAUCAAGAACUCCGAAAUGGACGACAUGGACCUGCAGAAGGUGUGUGCCCGCAUCCAGAGCGACUAUCUCAACUUCCAGGUCAGCAUGGAGAGCAUGAACGCGAAGCAGAAUGUUAAGUUUAAGAUCUAAGUGCCUGUUAUAGUAUUGUGCAGCGGAGAUGGUAUACCUAAGCGAAAUAUUAGUAACCUAACGUCUUAAUUAAUGCAAUUAAAAGCUAAUAAGCUAGAAAAUAAAGUGUAUUCGGGCGCCUGCAGCUAGCUAGAGAUUAAAAGAGUGUCCUUUGUAUUUUACAUUGCAGUUUGAUUUUCUCGUUUUUAUUAAUUCCGAUUGCAGUAUCAAAGGUUUGUUAAUAUUUGCAGUACGUUUUUAAAUGCGCUUUCUACACAUACAGGCUAAUUGCGGGGAUGAAUCCUCCAUUGCGACUAUAUAACAAGUUGGUGGCAUCCCUUAGUCGUGUUGCUCGCGUUGACAUGGUAGUUUUAGUUCUCAUGUUGCACUUAAGUCUACGUUUAUUGGUUUAAAAUGCGGCUCAGCUGUGGCGCUGAUUCGGCCUAUGACUGUAACAAAUUGGCGGAGACACGGAUUUGACGAUGACUCGACA